UCCUCUUUCCACAUCUGGAUAACCUCUGAGAAAAGGCAGACUGCUCCUGGCACUGGAGGAUCUCCACUGCCACCAUGUCAACAGCUAUACAGGUCGAGCCAGUCAUGGAGAGAAGGUAUGGAGGAGUUGGCCGCUGCAAGUGCUCAUUCUGGUUCGCAGUGGCCCACGACAUACUUGGCAUCUUCAUCAUGCUGGUGGGGGUGUUUGGAGGGCUGGUUAUCCACGACUUGUUCAUCUAUGCGGGGGCUAUCAUCAUCUUCCUCAGCCUGAUCUGGUGGGUGUUCUGGUACUCCGGGAACAUCGAUGUGCCACCCGAGGAGCUGGAGGACGACGUGGGCCUGAUCAAGCUGAAGAACCGCAGGCUCAGGCAGGUGGCGAGGCGUGUGUCCGACCACCUCUCCAACAGGAUCAGGAACUCUUUCAGAAAGAAUGGCCGAUCCUUUAGAGAGGGCAACAACAGACCUUCAAACACUGAUACAGAUGUAUCACUCUCCACUAUCUGUGAUAACACCAUUGCCUCCUCAUCCAAAGAACUUGUAAGAGAGACAUUGUCAAUAUGAAGGAACCCAUCACAGACUGUAAAUGACACCAAGAGACACUGAACUUGGAUCUUUUAUAUUUGUUUCCUUUGCUCACCUGUUUAUUCUGUUGAAAGGGAUUUUGUGUUUGCUAACAUGCACAUGUAAUGAUUAGACAGCAUUGAAGUCUUGUCUAGAUAAGAUCCACAUAUUCUUAUCUUGCUGAUAAGAUGUAAACUUUGCACACUAUAACACAGUGUUUCAAAUAGCUCUGAUAUUGACCACAGUCAUGUUUGGUUGAUUCACAGAUGAUGCACAGUUGGGAUGUGCUGGCUCUAAAUAGAAAAAUAAAAGGUUUAAUGAGAGAUUUGUUAAGAUGAGGCUGAAUCAUUCUUGGAUGAUAUGUGACCAUUUAUAGCUGCCUUUCUUUUGUAAAAGAACACAAGUGGAAAUGAACCA